UGUGCACGGAGACUGACGGGCCGAGGACCCACCCCGGAAAGCGUCGGACACCUUAACAGUGAACGAGCAUGGAGGGGGAGGAUUACAACACCUCCUACUGGUACGAGGACGAGUACCCCGACGAUUCCGAGGCCAUCGUGAUUUUGGAGGAGUUCCCACCCCCGGAAGGCGGGGCGUUCAGGAUCUUCCUGGUGGCGGCCUACAGCAUCAUCUGCUGCCUGGGCAUCCUGGGCAACGGCUUGGUGAUCUUCAUCGCGGCCUUCAAGGUGAAGAAGACGGUGAACACCAUCUGGUUCGUCAACCUGGCCAUCGCCGACUUCCUGUUCAACCUCUUCCUCCCCUUCCACAUCGCCUACGUGGCCAUGGGCUACCACUGGGUGUUCGGGACGGCCCUGUGCAAGCUCAGCAACUUCCUGCUCAACCACAACAUGCACACCAGCGUCUUCCUGCUGAUGGCCAUCAGCUUCGACCGCUGCGUCGCGGUGCUCCUCCCCGUCUGGUCCCAGAACCACCGCAGCGUGCGGCUGGUCUACGCGGCCUGCGUGGUCAUCUGGGCCCUGGCUUCCCUCCUGAGCCUCCCUUCCCUCGUGUUCCGGGACACGGUCCUCGUGCACGGGAAGAUAGCGUGCUUCAGCAACUUCAGCCUGGCGGAGGCCCACGCUCCCCCGGGGCUCGCUCACCCCCACCCGGGCUCCCUGGGGUCCCGCUGGCACCUGGCGGUGAGCGUCCUGCGCUUCCUCUGCGGCUUCCUGAUCCCGGUCCUCAUCAUCACGGCCUGCUACGUCACCAUCGUCUGCAAGCUCCGGCGCAACCGCCUGGCCAAGACCCGGAAGCCCCUCAAGAUCAUCCUGACCAUCAUCAUCACCUUCUUCCUCUGCUGGUGCCCCUACCAAACCCUCUACCUCCUGGAGCUCCACCACGCCUCGGUGCCUGCCUCCAUCUUCACCCUGGGCUUGCCCCUGGCCACGGUCCUCGCCAUUGCCAACAGCUGCAUGAACCCCAUCCUGUACGCCUUCAUGGGUCAGGACUUCAAGAAGUUCCGGUUGGCCUUCUUCUCCCGCCUGGCCAACGCCCUGAGCGAAGACACGGGCCAGUCCCCCGACCACAGCCAUAGGAACUCCACCAGGAUGUCGUCCAUAAACGAGAGGUCCUCGAGGAACGAGAAGGAGACCAGCAUGUUCUGAGCCUCGCCUGGACACCCCGACAGACACCCAAGACC